UUUGGUAUAAAACCGAAUAAACCGAAAACUGACGGUAUAUAAACCGAACCGAACCGAAGUAAAUAUGGAUUUAGAAUGGUAGUUAUAUUUUACUAACCGAAAUACCGAAAACCAAAAAAAAACAAACCGAAACCGAACCGAUAUCCGGAUUGAACACCCCUACCAAGAACCAAACUAAAAAUCAGUCUAAAGAACUAAAAUUACUAAAUAUAUGAUGCAUGUUGUAAUUUUCAAAUAUAAAUGACAAACAACUUCCGUAUAGUCUAUGGUCUUGAAUAUGAUCAAAAUGAGGUCAGAUAAUAACAGCCCACCAAAAGGUAACUUGUUUUAUAGUUAAUGAAGAGAAUAGUAGAAAACAAUGAGAAAGCUAUAGCUUAUACAAAUAACAAACUCUUGUAUCGUAGAUGACGUAAUUUAUAUUAAUUUAUACUAAUCAAUCUCUCUAACAUAAUCUCAUUUGCUUCUGCAAUAAAACUAUUUUAAACCUAAAUCUUUCCAAGAAAAAUAAGAAAAACAUCUUCUUACGAUGUAUCUAAUCUUUUUCUUCAUUCUGACAACCAUCCACAGCUAUUACUAUGUCUCUGCUCAGCCUCCUCCUCCUCCGCUCACAAACGGCGACCUCGUCGCCAACUUUGAGCCGAGUUUGGCCGUCGUCACAGUAGUUCUCGCCAUCAUGUUCUCGCUCACUUUCUUCCUCCUCGUCUACGCUAAGUGCUGCCACAUCGAUCUCCGGUCAAGAACCGGCGAGGGAAGACGGCAAGAUCGCCGGAUCAUACAAGGAAUAUUCGUUAACCGGUCAGCUAACUCGUCGGACCGGUUCUCCGGUUUAGACAAAACAGUAAUCGAGUCACUUCCUCUGUUUAGAUUCUCAGCUUUGAAAGGAUCAAAACAAGGGCUUGACUGUUCUGUUUGCUUGUCUAAGUUCGAAAGUGUCGAGAUUCUGAGAUUGUUGCCUAAAUGUCGUCACGCUUUCCACAUCGGGUGCAUCGAUCAGUGGCUUGAGGAGCACGCGACGUGCCCUCUCUGCAGAGACAGAGUCUCGAUAGAAGAAGAGUACUCUGUUUAUGGAAACAGCUUCCGGUUCUUGAAUCAGUCUGAGGUGAGAGAAGAUUCGAGCUUGGAGCUUUACAUCGAAAGAGAACAAGAAGAAGAAGAAGUUGGUGGGUCAUCGAGAUUCAGCAUCGGAGAUAGCUUCCGGAAGAUUCUUAAAUUAGGUCACAAAGAGAAACCCUUACUUGAUCAACACGGAAAUGAUAAAGACGAGAGGAAGCUGAUGCAUAAGUUCAAUCAUAGGAUCAUUGUGUCUGAUGUUGUGUUCAAGAAUCGUUGGAGCAAUGUGAGUUCGUCGGAUUUGAUGUUUUUGAAUUCAGAGAUGGUUAGUUCGAUUUCAAGCGAGAGGUUCUUAUCGAUGGAUCGAGUUAAGAGAGGUGAUGAAGAGGAUGGAAGAGGUAGCUUGCAAGUCAAGGAAGAUACGGAAGCCAAGAGAAUGUUGGAGAACAAGUUGACUUCGAUGAAAACUAUGUUGUUGUCGGAAAAUGGAGAGUCUGGUUCGAAAUCAAGAAGCGUAAUGGUCGAGACAGGAAGAAGAUCGGUCUCUGAGAUCACUGCAGUUCCUAGACUCGGUAUUGCGGUUCAUGGAGAUUAUAGCGGUUCAACCGCAGCGACUGCGUUAGAAACGGAGAGAAGACGGCGUUUGUGGCUGCCGAUCGCUAGAAACACAGCACAAUGGUUUGCUAAUAGAGAAUUAAGAAGGCAAAUUAACACAACACACCUACACUUAGAUGUUUAGUUUUUUUUUCUUCUUUAAGAAUUGCAAUUUUUUCAAAGUUACAGAAUUAAUUUAUAUUUAGUUUUGAUCUAUGUCUUGCAAAAAAAAAAAAGCACACACAUGUUAGUUAGGUCAAAAGAAAAUUAUUUGUGUAAAUACGAUGAAUUUAUAUAUAAACAAAGUUUUGAUUCAAUACAAAUUAAUGGAUUGAAUUAUUACUGAGUUUUAUUCUGGUAUUCCAUUUUAUAAAAUGGUGAUCAUUGUUUUCAAUAAAUGGAACAUGUCAGCUUACCUGGCUACAGAAGCAACCACGUUCAUUUAGAAGUUAUCGUUAUGACUGCAUCAAAUUGUUGUGAAUGACUGCAUCAUAUCCUUAUAACUUUAAUACACACGUGUUACAUCAAGUUAUGAACUACCCCUUGGUUUUGUCUUUUGAUAUUGUGUUAUUCUGUUACAUUACUAACUCGUGUAUAUGAUAUUGAGCAGACUUUAUUCGUAUUUGAAAAAUUUCCAAUGAACGAAUCAUAUAAUACGAAAUAGGUGAAUGAGGCCAAAGAUUCUUGUGAUGUAAGAAAUAAGUCAUUGCAUCAUAUCAUGUGGUCCAACGUUAUGACGAUUAUGAAUGGACUGGCAAUAUUAUUGUAUAUACUAUAUAUUAUUAAACUGAACCCCAGGAAAUUAAUAAAAUAUGAUCAAGCUAAACAAUAACUUUCAUAUGGCUUUAACAAACAAAAACUCUAUUAUGGUAUAAGGCUUUCAUAAUGCUCUAACGAAUUAUUCGUGGUUUUCAUUUUUUGUGUGGUUCAUUCUAGCAUUUGAUUUCGAGAUGAUAUGUAUUUUGAAGAGUAUAUAUAAUACACUAAUGACUAAAUUACAAAAAAAACAUCAUAAGCCAAACAUAACACAAACACAUCAUGUUACACAAUUAGAUCCUCUCUCACGGCCUGAGGUAUUGUUUCCACUGAGGCUGCAGAUACAACCUUCACCUACCUCAUGGAUGAUAGAUAUGAUGGUGGAUGAUGAUGAUUUUGCUAAAGACCGCAACAAACCAAGCAGUCGGAUACGGCAGAAACACAGGCCGGUUGUACCGAAACCAAUGCGUGACUCGACC